AUGAGUCGUCGUAAAGAAAGUUUCAGGAUGGAUCCAGUGCUAUAUCUCCCUUUCCCACCUUUAUUCCUUGUUGUCCUGAUUGGCGUUGUGAUUUUGUGUGUUUUCCUUUGGUUACGGUCACCUGGACCAUCUUCCACCAAAAAUGAAGAAACCAUAAGAAUGGAUCCAGUGCUAUAUCUCCCUUUCUUACCUUUAUUCCUUGUUGUCAUUGUUGGCGUUGUGACUGUGUGUGUUUUCAUUCGGAUACGACCACCUGGUCCACCUUCCACCGAAAAUGAAGAAACCAUAAGACAAACACAACAAAAGGAGAAAGAGAUUGAGGAUCGUACAAGGGAAAGAGCUGACCUUUUAGAUACGAUUCGUGCUCGGGACAGAGAAAUACAGAAAGCUAGGGAAAAGGAAAGAAACCUGCGAAUGAAAAUUGAGAAACUGGAGGAGGAAUAUGAUCGAAUGAAACUGGAGGAACUUGCAAUAAGGAUGGAUGAUGACCGAAAAAAACAUGUGGUGGAAAUGGAAGAGUACACGGUCAAAGCUGUCCAAGUAUCGUUUACAAAUGAUGGCGUAGCAUUUUUGGAGGACAUCUUGAAUGAUGACAUAAAAAGAGAAACUCACCGGAACAGGGCCCUCAGUGUGCGACAGAUGGUUCUUAUAACCCUUCGGUUCCUCGCCACAGGGCCGUUUUUCAGUGUUGUAGGAGACAGCAUGGGUUACCACAAAUCAACAGUUUCUCGUGUGGUAACCCACGUGACGGAGAUUAUUUGCAAAAGCAUGAAACGAUUCAUUGUAUGGCCUUCCGACGAAGAGAAGAACAGAGUGAAGAGCGGAUUUUUCACAUCGGCAGGCUUCCCUCACGUAGUGGGGUGCGUUGACGGGACACACAUCCGUAUCCAGGCCCUUUCUGUUGAUGAGCCAGCUUAUGUCAACCGAAAAGGCUAUCAUAGUAUCAACAUGCAGGCAGUUUGCGAUCAUGAAGGAUUGUUCACAAGUGUCAACGCCAGUUGGCCGGGCUCGUGCCAUGAUUCACACGUGUUCAGGACAUCAGGGCUGUGCAACAGGCUACAACGAGACAAUCAAUGUCUGGAAGAUGGGGUGCUUCUUGGAGAUAGUGGGUAUCCUUUACGGCCAUUCCUCAUGACGCCGUUUAUGAACGCUGACACUCCUGCCAAGGAGAGGUACCAGCUAGCCCAUACUAGAACCCGGGUUUGCAUAGAAAGGGCCUUUGGUAGGCUCAAGCGGCGCUUCCACGUGCUGCAAAGUGAGAUCAGACUAAGUCCAGACAAGGCCUGUCGCAUAGCUACAGCCUGUGCAAUUUUACAUAAUGUAGCAGUCAUGUUUAAUAUGCCAGAGGUAGAUGAUGUAGAUGUCAUACAAAACAUUGAUAAUAAUGUGCAGGAUGAUGUUGAAUAA